GUGGUGCUGAUGGGGAGAAGCCCUGGAUACCACUAAUUGCGGGAGUGAGGACGGAGUGACUGCGGCUUGGUGACAGCUCUGUGCUGUUGGCAGGAUCACCUGGUCACUUCUCUGUAGGAUUCGGCACCCAGACCCUGAACAGCAUGACCCUCGCAGCCUACAAGGAAAAGAUGAAGGAACUUCCACUGGUGUCUUUAUUCUGCUCCUGCUUCCUAGCUGACCCCUCGAAUCAGUCCUAUAGCUACGAAGGCUGGUGUGGGAGACAGUGUCGGAGGAAAGAUCAGAGCCAGCGGAAGGAGAGCGCAGACUGGAGAGAGAGAAGAGAACAGGCUGACACAGUGGACUUGAACUGGUGCGUCAUUUCCGACAUGGAAGUCAUCGAGCUCAACAAAUGCACCUCGGGCCAGUCCUUUGAGGUCAUCCUGAAGCCACCAUCCUUUGAUGGGGUGCCCGAGUUUAAUGCGUCCCUGCCCAGACGGCGAGACCCAUCGCUGGAGGAGAUUCAGAAGAAACUUGAAGCAGCUGAGGAACGAAGGAAGUACCAGGAAGCUGAGCUCCUGAAACACCUGGCAGAGAAACGCGAACAUGAACGGGAAGUGAUCCAAAAAGCCAUCGAGGAAAACAACAACUUCAUCAAGAUGGCAAAGGAAAAACUGGCCCAGAAGAUGGAAUCCAAUAAGGAGAACCGAGAGGCCCAUCUGGCUGCCAUGCUGGAGCGGCUGCAAGAGAAGGAGCCGCCUGCUGCGCGGUGAUGCCAGGGACCCGAUCGGUGGCCUCGUCCCAUGGACAAGCACGCGGAGGAGGUGCGGAAAAACAAGGAGCUGAAAGAAGAGGCCUCCAGGUAAAGCCCAGGAGGCCGAAAGAAGUUUCCAGAACAGCCGGACAGCUCCAGCAGCUGUAGUUCCGAGGCUGCUUCGCCUCGCCCACCACCGGCUGCUCUCCCAGCACUGGGGUUUGGGGGGAGGGGGGUGGCCAGGGGCGUUUCCUCUGCUUUUGGUGUUUGUACCUGUGAAGAAUUGAGCACUGAAGCCAUCCUAUUUGUUUCUGGGGAACGACGAUGGGGUGGGAGAGGGGAGAGGAGGAGUCAGGGAAAGGGACAUGGAGCAGGACUCAGGGACAUUGCAACCCUACCCUUCCCGCCGAAGACUCGGGGCUUGUUUGCCAAGUCUGCCCAGGUGCCCUGAAAAGCCAAGCUCAACCUGGGCAAUGCACAUGGGGGAUCCCAGCGAAGUGAAGAUCUCAGAGUAAACCUGGUGCCCAGCGUGGUCAAGAGGAAUCCAGCCAGGAGUGAGGGGUCCGAGCUGUUGCUGAUGCUCGGAUUGGGCAGGCUGACCACAGCGAGUGUAUGUGCGUGUCAUCCAUCCUCUUUGGAUCAUCAUGACCAGAUGAUAUUUACUCCUGCCUCCAGCGCCUUCUUUCCUGGACCAGUCCUUGGGGAGGGCUGAUAGCAUGUUCUAAAAUUUGCCCGCCGGCCUUCAGCUGGCACAUACUCCUUUCCUUUCUGGGGUCGAUGCUCAGAGCAGUCAUGAAGCUGGGCUUUAUGGGCUGUAACUCCAGUAGCUUGGGCAUCAUCGAAAAACGUGCUUUUGCUUUUGCUUUUAUCCUUCUAAAGCAAAUUGUCGGGCUGUCUCUUAUUGAAUCUGAAUCAAUGGAAAAAGAAAUACACCUGACUUUUUAUUAGGGUUCUCCAGAUGCUUAUAGGAAGGAUUUUUUUUCCCCACUAUGGGAAUGUUUGGCUCUAAACACUCACAGGAAGUCAGCAGGAAAUAACAUGCUAGUGGUAGGUUUGAGUCACCGAGCCCAGAACCUGGGACCAUGGCUGAGAAGGGGGUGCCCCCUUUCUUCCCAUGCAAUGAAGAGGGGAAGUAGCCUGGGUGAAUGGGGUCCAGGAAUUUCUCUCCAUCUUGCCAUACACAAUGGACCAUUUCCCACAGCUUUGUAAAUACGAUGCUUGGUUUUGCCUUUCUUCCUGCCAGGGGCAAUGCGAUUUUGAAGAGAAGGAAUCAGAGAAAACUAUGACCAUAAAGAGGAUGUUAAGUGGGAGCUAGCCCUCCACACCGACCAGCUCUUUGGUUAUGUUCUGGGUACUUCUAUUUUGGGGAUUUUGGGGUUGAUAAGCCACGCCCCCAUUAUAUUCUAAGAUCUCCAGUUGAUGCCUAAAACCAUGGAGAUUAUUAUAUCUUAUCCAUACUCUGUCUUCUUCAUUUUAUUGAGUGAAUUUUAUCUAGGCACCGUGAUUUACAAAGCUGUUGAUAAUAGAGUUUAAGGUCUUCAAUGUUCCAACUCCAUUUCCUUUAUAAUCUAAAAGUGAUGACCAAUUCCUUUAAUUGAUAAAUUAGGCACAGCAAGAGAGCAACAAUACCUCUUAAUAAACUGAAUAAUUGUAACAAUAUUCUGAAAUAAAAGUGAUGUGAUUAUG